AGGUGGACAUCUACAAAGGGGGCGCAGUGCUGGGCUGUUACUUCGGCCCAGCAGCUCUGUACAUUUGGGCCAUCGGGAUCCUGGCGGCUGGGCAGAGCUCCACCAUGACCGGGACGUACUCAGGGCAGUUCGUCAUGGAGGGUUUCCUCAACCUGCGCUGGUCGCGCUUUGCCCGCGUGCUGCUGACGCGCUCCAUCGCCAUCACCCCCACCCUGUUUGUGGCCAUCUUCCAGGACGUGGAGCACCUGACGGGGAUGAACGACUUCCUCAACGUCCUCAUGAGCCUGCAGGUGGGGCGGGGGGUGGGGGGCGGAAUCUGCAUUGCAUCCACAGCAUCACGGGGUGCUGGGGUUGGACGGGAGCUCAAGGAUCACGGAGCUGCAACCCACAUGCAGGGCCACCAGCCUCCACCUUUAAUAUUGGACCAGGCUGCCCUCCAACCCGGUUUUGGGGUGGACGGGGCCCCCGCAGCCCCUCUGGGCAGCCGUUCCAGCACCUCACAAACAACUUCCCCCUGACACCCAAAUUUCCCCCCCCCCGCCAUCCCGUCGCUUCCUUUGGGAUUCCUUCCCGCAAAGUGGGGCUGGGGAGGGAAGGCUGCCCCCAUCCCAGUGGGGUGGGAGGGGGGGGUUGGCUGCCUCUGCUCCGCCCCUAUGGGAGCCCACGGUGGGGCACCUGGCAGUGAUGGGACAGAAGGAAUGGCUGUAAUAGGGAGGAGGGGGCAGGGGUGCGAUUGUCACCCGGGCGUGGAGCGAUGGGAACAGGGGGAAUGGGUGUAGGGUGGAAAAGGGGACAGGAAUCCGUUCGUCAGCUGGUGAUGGGAUGAUGGGGAGCAGCUGGAGGGCAGAGGAGGGGAAGGGAGCCCGCUGCCAGCUGGACACACAGUGGGUUGAGGAGUGGCUGUAACACGGAGGAGGGGGUGGGAAUCCGCCUGUCAGCCAGAUGUGGAGCGAUGGGACCAAGGGGAACAGCUGUAAUGCGAAGGAGGGGACGGGAAUCAGCAAUCAGCAAAUGCCUGGGGGGAGAAGGGGCAGAAGCUGUGACGUGGAGGAGGGGACAGGAGAGCACAGGGAUGGGAUGGGGGGGAACGGCUGUAAUGCAGGGGGGGGAUGGGAUCCACUUGUCACCCUGACACGGAGCGAUGGGAUGGGGGGCAGCGGCACAAAGGGGGGUGGUGGUGGUGUGCAGGGGGUGAUGGCAGCACGACGGGGGCACUGGGCGAUGUGAUCGUCAGCUCCCUGCGCCGGGACGGAGCUCCGUGCUCACGGUGUCCCCCCAGCCCAACUCACACCACCCCACGGCCCCACACUUUUCCCACGGGGGAGAAAUCCCUCUCCCUGUGUCAC